AUGUCGGCAGCAUCCAGAGGUCUGAUCUCUAGCAUCCAGCUUUCGGGUACCAGGAAGCUAUUCAGUAGUUCCUCCGCAGCAGAAAUAUACCACCAUGAGAAUGCAUUGCCCCAACGAAUCAUGGAAGCCAAGACCCGGGCGAUGACCCCAAGCUCCAAGCGGACUGGGGCAAUAGCCUUCAAGUGUGGAAUGACUGCUCUGUGGGACAAAUGGGGUGCUCGGAUUCCCAUCACUGUUCUCUCCAUGGAUGAUAACAUCGUUACCCAAGUCAAAACCCCUCAAAAGGAAGGCAUCCUUGCCCUCCAGGUUGGAUGUGGGCAUAAGAAGGAGAAGCAUUUGACAAAACCUGAGGUGGGACAUUUUAGAGCUCAAGGUGUCCCCUUGAAGCGGAAGUUGAGGGAAUUCCCCGUCACUGAGGAUGCUUUACUCCCUGUUGGUACGUCCAUUGGUGUUCGCCAUUUCCUUCCCGGACAGUUUGUAGAUGUCACUGGGAUUAGUAGAGGUAAAGGGUUUCAGGGUGUUAUGAAAAGAUAUGAUUUUGGGGGUUUGCCUGCCUCUCAUGGUCAUUCUAAAUCACAUCGAAGCGGUGGUUCUACUGGUCAAAGGGAUGCCCCUGGAAAGGUGUUUAAAGGUAAAAAAAUGCCAGGACGCAUGGGAGGAAAGCAAGUAACCGUAAAAAAUAUCUGGGUUUACAAAGUUGACCCAGCAAGAAAUUUGAUUUGGGUAAAAGGCCAGGUGCCAGGUGCCACAGGAAACUUUGUGUUUAUAAAAGAUUCUGUAUUCAAAAAGCCAGACACAACAUUGCUUCCUUUCCCAACAUAUUUUUCACCGGAAGAUGAAGAUUUAUCUGAGUUGGAACCUCUGGUAGCCAACCUUGGCGAUACAGACCCCUUCAUGGCUGCAGACUAA